CGGCGGCGGCCGCCCAUGGCCGGAGCCGCGAUGGCCGAGGCGGGCCGCGGGCCGCCGGCCGCGCCGGGCACCGAGGGGCUGCCGCGCGCCUUCCUGCAGAGCCUGCGCACCCUGUUCGACAUCCUGGACGACCGGCGGCGCGGCUGCGUGCACCUGCGCGAGAUCGAGUCCCGCUGGCAGGGCGCCGACGCGCACGAGCUGCCCCGCGGCGUGCUGGAGGGCCUGCGCCGGGUGGCCCCGGCCAGCGGCUACCUGACCUUCGAGCGCUUCGUGGCCGGCCUGCGCACCUCGCUGCUGAGCGCCGACGGCGGCCCGCGGGGCCAGGCGCGCGCCCCGGCCCGGGGGGGCUGCCCGACGCGGCCCGGGGGUCCGCCGCCGCCGCCGCGCCUGAUGUUCGCGCCGGCCGACGAGCCGCGGACGGUCCUGGAGAGGAAGCCCCUACCCCUGGGCUCGCGGCCCCCGGCGGCCGGCCCCGGCGGCGCGGCCCGGAGCCUGGAGAAGCUGUGCGGGCCCGCGGAGCCCGAGCGGCCCCAGGGCGCGGCGCUGGAGCGGAGCCCGAGCGCGGACGCUGGUGCACUGGCCUGCAGGCCCCGGGAGCUCGGCCUGGGCGAUGCCCUUCGGGUUCCCCGUGCCCGAGGGGAGCGUCGGAGGCACACCAUCACCAACGGCGUGGACUGUGACCUGCUGAAGCAGAUGCAGGAGCUGGAGCAGGAGAAGGAGGUGCUGCUGCAGGGCCUGGAGAUGAUGGCGCGCGGCCGCGACUGGUACCAGCAGCAGCUCCAGCGUGUGCGGGAGCGCCGGCGCCGCCUGGGCCAGAGCAGGGCCCGCGCCGACGUGGGCGCUGAGGGGAGCCCCCUCCCGCUGGGCCGGCUGCUGCCCAAGGUACAGGAGGUGGCCCGGUGCCUGGGGGAGCUGCUGGCUGCGGCCUGUGCCGGCCGGGCUCCGCCCUCAUUGUCCUCAGGGCCCCCGUGCCUGGCCCCCUCCUCACCUUCAGCCCCGGGCUGGCAGCAGCAGACCGUGCUCAUGUUGAAGGAGCAGAACCGGCUCCUCACCCAGGAGGUGACGGACAAGAGUGAGCGGAUCACGCAGCUGGAGCAGGAGAAAUCUGCGCUGAUCAAGCAGCUGUUUGAGGCGCGCGCGCUCAGCCAGCAGGACGCCGGGCCCUUGGACUCCACCUUCCUCUAGCUGCUGGGGGGCCCUGACCCGCUCUCGGCCUGCCGUGGUGGUCAGCACGCGCAGGCCCCUCUCUGAGCCCCACUGGGCUGAAGACCACCUGACUGGCCUGGGCCCAGUUUCUGUCCCCUCGCACCAUCUGGGCUCCCCUGCAGCCCCCAGCGGAGCCGGUGGGUGGGCCGUGCGCGAGAGCACUCCGCGGCCCCAGAAACGGGCUCCCUCCUGGCCUCGGGGGGCUGAACCGGGCUGGGGCUGCAUUGUGCUGACAGCCUGAAGCUGUGCAGUCGCCGUCAGUGGACCGCGGGAGACACCACCCAGUGUUUGCCGGAUCUCAGGCAGCUCUGCCAUGGUCACAGGUGGCCUGGCCUCUCUGACCUGGGGUGUCCAGUAGAAGGUGUUGGUCCCACUAGGCUGCACUUCUGGCCGCAGCCAGCAGAGGGUGCCUCGUACACAACGCCUGGAACUGCCCAGCCGUGGCCAGGGCCAGGGCUGGUCUCCUGCGAUGUGCGGCCUGGGGCCCAGCAGGAGAUUGGGUCCAGGAGCCCAAGGCCAUCUUCCCUCCCUGAGGGGCUGAUGGAAGGGGUGUCUGGUCCUGGGGGAGCUCCGGGGGUGAGCUCUCAGAGUUCACACCUGGGCGGAGGCGGCCUGCCUGCUCCCCCUCACCGACCCCAGGCCUUAAAACAACUUGGGUUAAUGCUCACGAGCCCGCAGAGCGGCCUGUGACCCAUGCUCUGGGCCUUGGGCCCACCAGGCACCCUGGCCAGGGCAGGAUACAGUCAACAGGGCAGCUGUGGUGCGCCCCUCCCCCAGGGAGGUCUGUCCCCACAAGAGAUGUCAGCAUGGGCCUCCCAGGUGAGCCCCCCAGGUCCCCUGCCAGGGCCUGCUCACAUGACUCGAGGUUCCCAGGUGUAGGGACCGCCCUGUUCCCACCCCUAGCUUGGCAUCAGACUUGGAAACCCAGAGGGCUCAGGAAGAGAUGAGGCAGGGCCCUUGUCAGAGACAACUCCCCAGCCCUAUACCAGGCCCCCCAGAGGGGAGCCUCCACCCCAGGAGGGGCCUUGUGAGCUGGGCCCCAGUCCCCACAGGAACUCACCUCCCACACUGAGGACAGGACAUCCCCGUUGGGUUGUGCAGUGGGGGGCACCAGGCAUGGGGUGAGUAUGGAGAGACCCCAUAAACCCAGGGAGUUUAGGCACGUGGACUCCCACGGCCACAAAGGGUCCUGGCUGCGGAGGAGGGGUCCCAGGUGCAGAGCAGCUGUUGGCUCCCUGCCAGCUCCAGCUCUGGGCUCCCCACACCGUGCUCAGGGCUUACAGAGGGUGGGGGACUGUCCAGCAUGCAAGCUGCCCUCCUUGGAGGAUGGGGUAGGGCUCUUCUGGGGCCCCAAAGACCCCCAGGCCUAGACCCAUGCAGGCUCUAGGGGAGGGGAACCAAGAGGGGGAGUGGGGCCCUGAAAGGUGAGACAGGGCCCCCAGCACCCUUUGGGACAUUCAGGGCAAGGGCCAGUCCCGGAGAAAUCGUCCCCGCUGGCCGUCUGAGACCCGCCCACCAGGAGCUCUUGGACCCGCUCUUCACCCUUCCUCCCAAGACCAGUCCCUCCGCACCAGCCCAGACCCUGAGCCCACCGUCGCGCUCAGAGUCCCUUCACGGGCUCUCCAAGUGCAACCAGUGACCUUUCCAAACCUGAGCACUAACCCCGCCCCUGCUCUUAACCCUCCCGUGCCCCUGUCACUCAGGGCAGCCCCCAGGCUCAGCCUCCACCGCCCUCCCCAGGCAGGGCCGGUAGCCGGCCCCCAGCCCGGCAGCCAGCCUCCACCUCUGGUCUUUGCAAAGGUCUCCUAGAACACCCCCUCCCCGCCUCACCCCGCUCACCCGGACCCAACCCUCCUCAGAACCCAGCAACGGGAGGGGCUGUAACACUGAAGGAGGCUGCCUCUGGGGGGCAGCGGUGUCCCCUGCGGCGUCUGCCCCGCCUGGGGCUUCUGCGUUCCCUCUGCUGUGCUUGCGUGGCCCACCCCGUCGGUCUUUCACUGGGAGAACUUCCGCGGAGAGGGCCCCUCCGGCGGCCAGCGGACCCUUCCGCCCUUGUCCACGGUGCUCCGUCUGCGGUCCUCUCUGCUGGCGGUCUGAAGCCAGGCACCUGUGGGCCCGGACACAAGAGAAGAAACCCAGGUGGCCCCAGGCUGGCAGGUCCCAGACUGCUGGCAGAAGCACUGGUGACACCCGGGGCUAAGUCGGGGUGGGGGGUGCUGUCUUGCUGUGACGGUGACGCCAUCCCCGGGCUGCACCCUCCGUCGUGACAACUGAAAUGUCUCAAGGUGUUGCCAAAUGUCCGAAGGCGGGCGGUGGUCUAAACGUCCCUGAUUGGGAAUCGCUGUCCCAGGGUCUCCUGUAGGUCAAGUCCAAGGAAAACAAGCAUCUGAGUUAAGCUUGUCCACCCACUGGGAGCGCGCCCACCGCAAGAGCCAACAGAAAGAACAGAUUCUGUACAUAUUUCAGAUAUUGGAAUUAUCAGAGAAUAUGCAGUAACUUUUAUAUGUUGAAAGAAAUAAAAGAGAUUCUUGAAAUAUAAA